AUAGCGGUGUGCAUGACAGCACAGACAGGUGUGAUACCGCCCGGCAUAUUCACAGAGAGCAUAGCCUGGGGCUUGGCGUACGAACUACCUGACAAUGCAACUGAUUACAAAGAGUUGUACACCUCCACGAAGUAUUUAUUGAAGCGGAGACACAGGAGGGAUUUAUACGGGAAAAUGGAAACCAUUAUGAAUUCGAUGGGCUACGAUGGAAGAUCCUGUAUACUGAGGUCGCUUUGUGAAGCUAGUUACAAAUUUUUGCCGAGGGAGAACAACCUUUUGCAUCAUGUUUUGAAAAUCAUUUUUGGGUUUCCCGAGCAACGUGUGCUUCCCUCAGAACCAGAUGAACAUCACACCUACCACUGGGCCCAUGAAAGAGGCAAGGAAACUGACAACUGUUUAGAAAUGUUCCCGCAAUGUCCAUUUUCUUUGAUAGAUAUGGCCCUUGGCCACUAUUCGCAAUUUGCAAAUUGAAAAAUUCGACAUCAAACUUACAACCGUGAAUUUCCUGAAGUUUAUUUUAUUACCCGUGAAGGGAAGAAUACUCACCCUCGUUUGUAGUAUGAUAAUAAUUAUUAUAAAAAUGUUACAGUCUCA